AUGCCUUCCCUCCUGUUCCUCUUCCACAGUUUCAAGUCCGUCUUCGGCCUGUUUUGGGGGUGUCUCCAGACCCAACCCGACUUUGAUGACUUCGACAUGGGCGGCUUCGACGAUCAACCCUUCGACAAUGAUCCGACCCCAAUGGCCAUGGCAGAUCCGGUCCAGGAUGAACCGGCGGAUACGAGCCUCGAAGAGAAAAAGGAGGAGCGCGAGGACGGCAAGUCGAAGAAGGAGCGCAGAAGUCGACAGGUUCAGGAGGAGGAAGACCUUGGAGAAGGAGAUGAGGAGCACCGCUUCACAAAACGUACCCAGAAUGUGUUGCAUUCAAUCGCGCAAAAGUUGAGGUCCAGCGGCGAGGAUCAGAUCCUCCUCUCCGACAUGUUGACCAAGGCGUCGAACAAGAAGACAGCCGCGCAGAAGUUCUACACGCUGCUGGUGCUCAAGAAGUGGCAAGCGAUCGAGGUGGCCCAGGGCAAACCCUUUGAUGACAUCUCCAUCACGUCGGGGCCCAAGUUGGACGAGUCAUUGGCGCAU